AUGAGCCUUGCCUGGCAACGAGUCCUUGGUGGCAUUUCUGGCUGCGCUGCCAUUGGCACGAGUGCGUACGGAGCUCAUGGCCUCAAGCCAUCGAAAGAAGCGUACGGCAAGACGUAUGAAAGUGGAUCAAGAUUCCAUCUCCUGCAUUCGAUUCUCCUCGUGGCCACUCCUUCCAUUUGCGGACGAAAAAACGUACGCAUGGCCAAUGUAUCUGGAGCGCUGUUGACGGUGGGUAUGGCCCUCUUUAGUGGAUCCUGUUACGCCGUCGCAAUUACCGAAGAUAGAAGUGUUGGCAAGGCAGCACCCGUGGGCGGAAUCGCUCUCAUGGCGGGUUGGCUCUCAUUGGCCCUCGUCAGAAGAUAG